AUGAUACAAAGAUGGCAGAGGCCAGCCUUUCGAGUUGGGGAAACUCUCCUUUAUCAGAGGUGGGGAUUGGUGGUGAAUUUACGCCAUGCCUCUGGAGGUCCACUUCAUCAAAAGAAGGCCCUACCAGAGGCCAAGAAGAGUAAAGUGACAGGAAAUCUAUGGGAACCCCUGGGUACUCAUUGGAAGAAAGUCAAGGGUCAAUUGAAGGAUACUCGCUCGAUUCUGAGCCGUCAUGUAUCACAAUUCUCCUACCACGUAGCCAAAGCCAGGAUGUCCAUAAUGGAAGCUAACAAGAAGCUAGCAGAGCAAGAGCAAGAGGGAGCUGACCAGAGACUCACCUAUGACAGGGACAUGGAAACGAGCGAAACGAUCAGGGAUCUGCCUUCUCAACGAGAGCUCCAUCGCCGAAGAUGGUCACGAAAGCUGGAGUUCUAUUUUGAUUCAUUGCAAGAAACGAUCUUUACAGCUACCAGGGCCCUGAACGACGUUACCGGAUACUCUAGCAUAGAGAGACUGCGAAAGAGCAUUGAGAUAAUGGAAAAUAACAUGGAAGACUGUCGAGAGACCUUGAGAAAUCUCAAAGAUAAAUAUGCCACUGCGAUUGAGGAAAGGAAACAGUCACAGAAACAGCUGAACGAACUGCUACAAAGGAAAAGCACCUGGUCACCGGCUGAUCUUGAAAGAUUCACUCAAAUCUACAAGGACGAUGCGCUGAACCAGAAACGAGAGCAAGCCUUGAAACUGGAAGUUAGCGCUAAGGAAACGCAGCAGGAAAAGCUGAGCGAUGACCUUUAUCGGGCAAUCUUGACUCGUUAUCACGAAGAGCAGAUUUGGUCGGAUAAAAUCAGACGGACUUCCACCUGGGGCACCUUCAUCCUGAUGGGAGUUAACAUUAUUCUUUUCCUAGUGUUUCAAUUGCUUCUUGAACCGUGGAAACGCAGAAGACUAACGAGAUCCUUCGAAGAUAAGGUUAAGAAUGCACUGGAUGACUACGCUGCGCGGCAGGACAUGAAGCUAGAGCAAUUGAGGGCGAACAUAGCCCAGCCAGCGGCCAUCUCGACUAUUCUCGAUGAACAGAUUGAUCGAGCUCAAGCAGAUGAUGCCUCCACCGAGGAACUCACGGCAACGGCGAGCUCAUCUGAACCAGCACAAGAGGUUACCGCAGCUUACAAUUUAGAAGAUGAGAUAUCAGAACGCAGAUCGCUAGUACGAAGACUUCGAAUGUGGAUUCAAGAUUUGCUUUACAAAUUUUGUCCCCCGGCGAUUUCGCAUGUUCACUCCAAGACGAUACUAAGCAAUCUAGAGCUAUAUGUUUACUCGACGCUGCUGAUCCUCCUGGGGGCACUAUCAGCUAGGUUCAUGCCCUGA